CGCCCCUGGAGUCCUGCUAGGGCAGGGCGGGGGGGAAUCAAAGGGAGUGGGUUGCGUUUUAAUUCCUGCGACUGUAGUCGCCGCCCAAGGCAAAAGAGAGUGCGGGUGAGCGACAGAUCUCUGCCCCUUCUCUAGAAGAGCCCAAGAUGAGCAAGUCCCUGGGACCAGUGUCUUUCAAGGAUGUAACCGUGGAGUUCAGUGGGGAGGAGUGGCAGCACCUGGACCUUGCCCAGAGAAGCCUGUACAGGGAUGUGAUGCUGGAGAACUAUUUCAACCUGAUCUCAGUGGGCUGUCCAGUUCCCAAACCAGAAGUCAUCUUCAACCUGGAGCAAGCAGAGCCACGCGUGUGGGAUGAGGAGGCCUCCGGUCAGCACUGUGCGGAUGGGGAUAUUGGUUUUGAGACUUCACAACAGAGACUGUCUGAGGAAUUUUCUUUCCAGUGUGAGAGAGUUGAUCUCUUCACAGGAGAUAACCCCUAUUCCCUUUUAGAAGAAUUGUGGAAGCAAAGGGGGAGAUGUGAAGAAAACCAGGCCACGCCUUUACGUCACGUUGUCUUCAGGGACAGGGCAGCACUAGCUGAUUCAAGGAGCUGUGGAUACCAGGACGCUGGGAAAAUUGGGCACAUAAACACACAUCUGAUUCCUUCACGAAAAGGAUUCCAUCGUGGUGAUGCCUUUGGAAAGAAUCUGAAGCUCGUUGCAAGCUUAUAUAAUCAUAAUAGAAACAAUGCAACAGAAAAUCAUGGUGAGGAUGCUGUUACUCAUACCGGUUCUCAUACGGAAGGGAGUGCUUGUGGAGGUAAGCAUUGUCGGGAACGUGGGGGUCAUAAGCAAGCUCUCACUCCACAUCUGAAAAGUCAUGCUGUGGAAAAUCUCCCUUUGUUUUCUGACUAUGUGAAAGUUUUCACUGAGAAUUCCCACCUCUUUACACAUCAGAGGAUUUAUGCUGGAGAAAAACAGCAUGAGUGUAGUAAAUGUGAGACAGUCUUCACCCAGAAGCCCCCACUUGCUACUCCUUGCAGAGUUUCUGCAGGAGAGGAGCCCUAUAAGUGUAUGGAAUUUGGGAAGUCAAGUCACCAGAAAACUCGUAAUGAGGAAAAUUACUAUAAAUUCAGUGAAUACAGAAGAGCCUUUAUCCAGAAGUCUGAUCAGUUCAGACGCCAGAGAGACCAUCCUGGAGAAAAACCCUAUGAAUUCAGUGAAUGUGUGAAAAGCUUCUCACAGAAUUCAAACCUCAGCAUAAUUAAAAAAAAUCAUACUGGAGGGAAACACUUUGAAUGUACUGACUGUGGAAAAGCCUUCACAAGGAAAUCCACACUAAGUAUGCAUCAGAAAAUUCACACAGGAGAAAAACCCUAUGUAUGUGCUGAGUGUGGGAAAGCCUUUAUCCGGAAAUCCCAUUUUAUCACACAUGAAAGAAUUCAUACUGGAGAGAAGCCCUAUGAAUGCAGCAACUGUGGGAAAUCCUUUAUAAAAAAAUCACAGCUCCAUGUGCAUCAGCGAAUUCACACAGGAGAAAAUCCUUUUAUAUGUUCACAAUGUGGCAAGGUCUUCACUCACAAGACAAAUCUCAUUAUACACCAGAAAAUUCAUACUGGGGAGAGACCCUACAUAUGUACUGAAUGUGGGAAAGCCUUUACUGACAGGUCCAAUCUCAUUAAACACCAAAAAAUUCACACUGGAGAAAAACCUUAUAAAUGCAAUGACUGUGGAAAAUCAUUCACCUGGAAGUCACGGCUCAGAAUCCAUCAGAAAUGCCAUACUGGCGAGAGACAUUACCAGUGUCGUGAGUGCGGGAAAGCCUUCAUUCAGAAGUCCACACUAAGUAUGCACCAGAGGAUUCACAGAGGAGAGAAGCCCUAUGUGUGCAGUGAGUGUGGGAAGGCCUUCUUCCACAAAUCCCAUUUUAUCACACAUGAAAGAAUCCACACUGGAGAGAAACCCUAUGAAUGCAGCGAUUGUGGGAAAUCCUUCACCAAGAAAUCACAGCUCCACGUGCAUCAGCAGAUUCACACAGGAGAGAAGCCCUACAGGUGUGCUGAAUGUGGAAAGGCCUUCACUGACAGGUCCAAUCUCUUCACACACCAGAAAAUUCACACCGGAGAGAAACCCUAUAAAUGUAGUGACUGUGGAAAAGCCUUCACUCGAAAGUCAGGCCUCCACAUACAUCAGCAGUCCCACACUGGAGAAAGACAUUACGAGUGCAGCGAAUGUGGGAAAGCCUUUGCCAGAAAGUCAACACUAAUUAUGCACCAGAGAAUUCACACUGGAGAGAAACCCUAUGUUUGUACUGAAUGUGGGAAGUCCUUCAUCCAGAAGUCACACUUAAAUAGACACAGGAGAAUUCACACAGGAGAGAAGCCCUAUGGGUGCAGCGACUGUGGGAAGUCUUUCAUUAAGAAGUCACAACUCCAUGAGCAUCAUCGAACCCAUACAGGAGAAAAACCGUAUGUAUGUGCUGAAUGUGGAAAGGCCUUCACCAUCCGAUCAAAUCUUCUUAAACACCAGAAAAUUCAUAGUAAACAGAAACCCUACAAACGCAGUGACUUUGGGAAGGCCUUUCACUGGAACGUGCAGCUCACAAGUCAACACAGUGUACCUCAGAAGUCUGACGCUGGGGAGGUGGAGUGCCCAGUGCCGCAAUCAUGGUGUGGGGGUACGAAUAAACAAGAGGCCACAGCUUGACCAAGAAGCAGGAGGUGACCAAGACCCACCCACUGCCUCUGUCUAGUCAGAAUUAUGGAUAUCUGCUUCACAUAGUGGAUGUCCACGACACGUCCAGGAAGAUACUUUGGAGGAAGUGUUUACACAAUGUACUGUGGCCAGGCUUGGUUACUGGACAGAUUGUCAGGCCCCUGAAAAUCACAGUGAAGAUGAAGCCAGAGGCAUGGUGCAUGCCUCUAAUCCCAGCUACUUGGGAGGCUGAAGAAGAAGGAUCAGAUGGGAGGAUCGCUUGAGCCCAGGAGUUUGGGUCCAGCCUGGGCAACAUAGCAAGAUCCUGUGUCCACAAAAACAAAGGAAAAAAAAAAAAAAGAAAAGGUGGCUUACAAUCUUUCUCAUUUCACUUUUUUUGAUAAGCAGCUGUCUAAACUCAGAGCUGUUGAAUUUCUCAUGCCCUGGGUAGCAAAACUUUAAUAUUGUCCAAAAAAAUAUUUCAUAAGGAGUAGAGUGGCGAGAAAAUUUUUCAUUGUCUUAGUCCCCAAAGGACACCAAAAUCAGGAUGGAAAUCAACCAAUUCAGGUCUGCAAUGAAAAGAAAUUAGAAGCUUUUGUGAAAAUUGAUACUAAAGAUACAAAGAAAGGACUCAACUCUCACCCCCCUUUUGGAAAUCACUAGUUGUUGUUCAUAGCAGUUAUUGCGUGUGCCUUGUUAGUAGCUUCCAGGAGGCCUAAAACGGGCUCCCAGUCUGUAUCUCUGAAGCAGUCAGUGAUGCAAGCAGCAGUCCUAUGACUGUUUCACAGCUGGGGCCAGGGUCCUGGAGCAGCACAGGGACCCAGACUUAGAUAACAGCACUUUGGAGCCUCAACUUUGUUCAUAGAAAACUGCACUUUCUUACUGAUUCCUGUUUGAAAAAGAGACAAAUUAAGGAAAAAAUCUGUUUCAAAACCUAGAAUACUUUCUCUCCGAUUUUGAUAGUGUAUUCUCUACAUAUUAAUUAUGUACUAGGUUACCAUGAGACAUAAUUGUAGUUUGUUAUUUUAGGAGAUAAAAUAUAGUUAAACAUUUGGAAAAGUACUCCUAUUCUUUCCCAUUCUCUACAAAUUAAUCUUAUUUUAUCAGACAAUAAAAGAAGUGCAUCAUGAUCUUCCAGAAUAA